AGGGGAAGAAGCUUCCGCGGGGUUCUGCUGAGAAACUGCACCACUGGAACUUAACAUAGAAGCAUUUUCUUUCUCUUUUUUUUCAUGGAGUAAAGGACUUUUUUUCUCUCUCUUUUUUUAAUAAUUUUUUAGUAGUGUUUGGGAAUUGUGUGUGUUUUUUUUUUUUUUUUUUUUUUUUUUUUUUGGGGAGAACAUUCCCUGCGGAAUAAUCCCAACCAGCAGUAGAUACCAUUUGCAGCAGAAGCAGACCCAGGCACGAAGUUCCUGCACGCAAAUGGAGUAAAGCGAGGCUGCGGGACUUGCACGGCUCGGAUGUGUUCGCCUUGGUGGAUGUAAUGCGCACAUUCUCCGCGGGACGCUGACCGGCCGAUGGGGGAAACAUGGACACCUCUUCAGAACUCGAAGAUGGGACUCGCCACAAGAACCAGACGUUCUGCGAGUGCGUGCCCGGCUCCUCGCAGCUCAAACAUCGCUGGUCCGACUCGGAAAGCGCCCGGGAGACGCCGGCCAAGAGGAUGAGCUGCAGCUACCUGCUGUGCACCAUCCUGCUCUUCGUGGCCGUCCUGCUGGCCGUCACGGUGACGGGCACCAUCCUCUUCAUGAACCACAACCAGGCGCCGCCCAUGUCGGACGGCGUGCCGCACAUCUCCACCAACCAGGACGAGGCCAACGCCCUGGUGACGGUGGAGCGCGGCGACGGCUCUCGCGUCAACAUCUUCAUCGACCCCAACUGCCCCGACUACAGCGGCAACUUUUUGCGGCUAGAAGGCGUGCAGACCUCGCUGCUGCACUCGCUCACCGACCACGACUCGGACCUGAAGUCGGUGAAGGGCCAGGACCGAGCGCUGCUCGUCAGCCUGGCCGAGGAGGUGGCCAAGCUGUCCGCCCACGCCGGACAGCUGAAGAUGGACUACGAGUCCCUGCGCCGGGGGCAGGGAAGCCUGGGCCAAGACCUCAACACGCUGCAGUCAGAGCAAGCACGCCUCAUACAGCUGCUGUCAGACAUGGUGAAGGUGGUCAACUCAGUGAGCGACGCGCUCAACGCCAUGCAGAAGGAAAACGUGGGCCUGAAGGCGCGCACCAAGGCUGACCUGCAGAGGGCUCCGGCGAGGGGCGCCCGCUUCAAAGGCUGUGCCAACGGUUCGCGUCCUCGCGAUUGCGGGGACCUGUACGCCAGCGGGCAGCGAGAUGACGGCAUCUACUCUGUGUUCCCCGUCCACCAUCCCACCGGCUUCCAGGUCUACUGCGACAUGACCACGGACGGCGGCGGCUGGACGGUGAUCCAGCGCAGGGAGGACGGCUCAGUGAGCUUCUUCCGGGCCUGGGAGUCCUACCGCGAGGGAUUCGGGAAAAUCACCGGUGAACACUGGCUCGGGCUCAAGCAGAUCCACGCUUUGUCCAUCCAGGGCAACUACGAGCUGCGCAUCGACCUGGAGGACUUUGAGAACGGCACGGCGUACGCCCAGUACGGCACCUUCGGCGUGGGCCUCUUCUCGGUGGACCCGGACGACGACGGUUACCCGCUGACGGUGGGAGACUACUCGGGCAACGCAGGCGACUCCCUCCUGAAGCACAACGGCAUGAAGUUCACCACCAAGGACCGCGACAACGACCACUCGGAGAACAACUGCGCCUCCUUCUACCACGGCGCCUGGUGGUACCGCAACUGCCACACGUCCAACCUCAACGGCCAGUACCUGCGCGGCCAGCACACCUCCUACGCCGACGGCAUCGAGUGGUCGGCGUGGACCGGCUGGCAGUACUCGCUCAAGUUCUCCGAGAUGAAGAUACGACCGACCCGCGACCAGGAGAGCAAAUGAGGUCCCCAGGGUCUCCCUCGUGUUUUUGUUAUUUUCUUUUUUUUUUUAUUUAUUUUUUUUUUUUUUGGGCCACCUCUUGAUGUCUGCCCCUUUUUGUUGCUUCUUUUUUGGGGGGUGAAAAAAUAUAUACAUUUUUUUUUUUUUUGGGGGGGGCUUCGCCGCUUGCUGCUUUGUCAAACCAGCAAGGACCAAACAGGGAGUGGAGGAAGACGAUGAUGAGGAUCUCGUUCCUCCGAACCGGGACGUAAGGGAGCAUAUCGGACACUUUGCGGGACCGGACCGCCGGCUGAGUGGCGGCCUACUGAUUCGGCGUGCACACAGAUGGUAAUCCGGCACUUUGUCUGAGUGUGUGUGCGUGAACGGCAGAGCGUUACCCCCCAGACCCAAAAAAAAACAAAAAAAAAAUCCUCGAUUAAAUCGUCUGGUGUCUGGAUGCUCCUCCUGUUCUACCCUAGUGUCCAACCCAACUUUUAAAAAAAAUAUUUUGUUCUUUCCUUUCAUGCAAAUGAGACAAAAAACACCAUAUAAAUAUAUAUAUAUAUAUAUAUAUAUAUAUAUAUAUAUAUAUAUAAAGACAAAGAAGAAUAAUGUUACAGAGACAAACGGUGCAAUUCAGAUUUGUACGUCAUCUUAUUCUCAUUGGUGAAUUCUUUCUCAUUUUUGUGGAGGAGUGUAUUAGGGCCACACGGGAGAAGAAAUAAAUAAUACACCACGAGAAUAAAGUUGUGAAGAAGUUGUUUUUCCAAGAAAAAGUACAUUUAGGGAAAUAAAGUUUUUAUUUUUAGUUGGACUUGUCUUAUUUUUGGGGGGAAUGAAAAUACUAUUAACAUUUUUUUUUUAAUGAAUUUAAAAAUGGACCAGUGAAAUAAUAUUGCACAUUUUCAGCGAAAGAAAAAAAAACAAUUUACUUUUGUUUCUCUUUGAUUCCAGCUUUAUUCUCAUCAGUUAAUAAUUAUGUUUACUUUCGAGUGUGGCUCUUUCCCUCCUUGAUCCCUUUCUUUGGAUGUGCUGAAAGCUUUAAAAGAAAAAAAAAGUGUAGAUCUGACUGUACAGUGUGUACGAGUUUUAGAGCAUGUCCGUUUUUUCAUACGAUGCUUUAAAAAAAAAAAUAGAACUGAAGCACAUUGAGAAAAAAGGGGAAAAGAAAACAGUUAAAAUGGACAAGCCGGAGCAUUCCGACCAUCGACUCUCUGCAUCGUUGGACUCUCCCUAGUGGCGAGCUGGAGUACUGAACGGAGCGUGACGCUCAGCGGAAUCUUGGCCGCCGUAAACCCCCUAAAGCGCAUAUCCCAAAUGAACUCACAUACACACACGUUUGCAAACGCACACAAAUCCCUUCUCCGCUGAUGUUUUUAACGUCGCCGUGCGUGGCGAUGCGACAAACAAGCCGGAAAAAGCCGCCGGAGAGGCAACGGCGGGACAGAGUGCGACCACGCGUGCAAAUGUGCAUACGUGCGUGUGCGCAUGUUAGAAAUGUGCACACGUGUACGAAGCAAAAUGACGAGAAAGAAAGAGAGAGCGAGGCCACUUCCACACGUACACGGGUACUUUUUUUAAAGUGUUAUUUUCCCCAACACGAGUGUCCAAAAUUCACAUUUGCGCAUUUUAAAGUUGUCAAAGGAACUGCUGGUUGUUUUAGCCAAUCGGAAGCAGGAAGAAAGUCGCUUCCGGAAAAGGUGCAAAAAUGAAUUGAAACGUGACGAAAUUUUGAGAAUAGGAGACUUUUGACUGUAUUAACUCAAUUGCAAUUAUGUAGCUUCACAAUUGUUCAUAUUUUUUUUUUUCUUUUUUUCUUGCACAUGCCGCUAAAAAUGUAUUUCAAAUCCAGUUUUCAUAAAAUCAUUGGCCUUAAAUGUAGUAUUGGCUGGACAAAAACAUCAAGCAUCCAGAAAAUCCCACGCUUAAAAAUCGUCCAAUAAGUUUUAAAAAAUGGACCCGUGUGCGCGCGUGGAGGCGCCCUCAGCGUGUCUCCGUGGCGUGUCGAAGUCAUGUGAUGCUCGUGUACAAUACCCCCCGCGACCCUUUGCUGCUCUUUGUGUUGACCAACAGAAGGAUUUCCACGUUGUUCUUGAUGGAGCUUUUACUUAUCGUGAUUGUGAACCCAAUGGAGUGGACGCCGCCUACUGGUACUGUGUUGAACUGCGCUUGCACCCUAGACCCCGCCCCCUGACCCCUUCCUCGCCCUCCACCUCAAGCGACACCGCCACGUUGUGCUUCUUGUAUACGUUGCUGCUUUGUUCAAUAAAUGUUGGAGCCGAACGUCACCUGAAAUCCACCCACCCUUGUUUCCCACCCACCUGCUUUUUUUGUUUUUGUCAUUUCUUAGAGGAAAAGAAUAAAAGAAUAAAAACCAUAAUGCAUCAGCUAUCGGCUCUGUAGCCCGAUUUAGUUGCCACCUCACUCCGAAAGCCCUAAACCUUCCCCAAACAUUCCCAAACCGUCCUAAUAGGUCCCCAGACCUUCCCGAAAGUUUCCCAAACCUUCCCGAAACAUCCCCGCACGUUCCUCACUUACCCAAAUUUUCCUGAUACGUCUCCGCACCUUCCGACAUGUCCCAAACGUUCCUUACACAUUCCCAAAAGUUACGCAAAGCUUCCUGAAAUGUCCCCACUCAAUUAUCAAAAGUUCCCUGAACCUCAAAAAUCUUCUCACACCAUCCCAAAAAAAAAUCCCCAAACAUCCUAAAACCUUCCCAGGACUUCCACACAAAUUGUAAAAGGUCUUAAAACCUUUCAAAAAAAACAACAAAUCAUCCAUCCACACCUCCCCAAAUCGUCGCAAAAGUUCCCUAAACCUUCCUAAAACGUCCCCACACCUUCCCCAAAACAUCUGCAAACCUCCCUUCGCCAUCUCCACACCUUCACCAAAACAUCUGCAAACCUCCGUUCGCCAUCUCCACACCUUCCCCAAAACAUCUGCAAACCUCCGUUCGCCAUCUCCACACCUUCCCCAAAACAUCUGCAAACCUCCCUUCGCCAUCUCCACACCUUCCCCAAAACAUCUGCAAACCUCCGUUCGCCAUCUCCACACCUUCCCCAAAACAUCUGCAAACCUCCCUUCAACAUCUCCACACCUUCCCCAAAACAUCUGCAAACCAAAACCUUCUGAAAACAUCCCCAAGCCGUUCCAAACCUUCCCAAAACAUACCAAACCCAAAUCCUUAAUCAUUCUUUAACCAUCCCCACACCUUCCCAAAACAUCAGAAACCAAAAUCCUCAAGCCUUCCCAAAUUGCCAAGCUUCCACUUUUUUCUUUUUCCCUUGGUUCACAUUUCCCCGUGAAGUGCUAGCGAUUUGUUUUAUUUUCUCCCUUUUUUGGGGCCGAAUGUUGAUUCUGUGUUUUAAUGUUCUUGUCAGCAUUUAAUAAACGUUCACAUUUUACAAGUGGUGGAGAGGA